AUGGCUAAGCUAACGGUGCUAGACUUCAGAAGGAAUAAUUUCAGCGGGAGUCUUCCAUCGUUAUGUACUCAAAGCACUUCAUUGACGACCAUUGUCUUGAAUGGUAAUCAAUUCGAAGGACCGGUUCCUGUGUCUUUACUUAAUUGUCAUGGAUUAGAAGUCCUCGAUGUGGGGAAUAACGCUGUAAAUGACACCUUUCCAGCCUGGCUAGGAACUCUCGAAAAGCUACAGGUCCUUAUAUUAAAGUCAAACAAGUUCUGUGGACCUAUAAGUACUUGGCAUGCUAAGUUUUGCUUUCCCAAGUUGCGUGUUUUCGAUAUUUCUCAUAACGAAUUCAAUGGCUCAUUGCCUGCAAAACUAUUCGAAAAAUUCACAGCAAUGAUCAAAUUGGAUGACGCACACAAAGGCACAAUUGAGUAUAUGAAAGCACAUCUAUCAUUGUUUAACAUAAUGUAUGAGGAUUCAGUGAGCUUGGUGAUCAAAGGUCAGAAUAUUCAGCUAGAAAGAAUCACUACUAUUCUUACAGCCAUGGAUUUAUCAAGCAACCAUUUUGAAGGUGUGGUUCCGGAAGCUAUAAAAGAUCUUGGCUCACUUUGGCUACUCAAUUUAUCCCAUAACAAUCUCAGAGGAAAUAUUCCAAUGGAACUGGGCCAAUUGACUAUUCUUGAAGUGUUAGAUCUCUCUUGGAAUCGGCUUACUGGAAAAAUUCCACAAGAAUUGACAAGGCUAACAUUUCUGGCAGUCUUAAACCUCUCUCAGAAUGUUCUUGCUGGACCGAUUCCUCAAGGUUCACAAUUUGAUACAUUCUCAAGUGACUCAUACAGUGGCAACCUUGACUUAUGCGGUCCUCCUUUAUCAAAGCAAUGUGGAACGAGUGAUCCAUCGCAUGUUCCUCAACCAUCACAGGAAGAAGAAGAAGACGAGUCAUAUUUUUUAAGUGGAUUUACCUGGGAAUCAGUAGUCAUAGGCUACAGUUGUGGACUCGUUGUUGGAACUGUUGUGUGGAGCCUCAUAUUUAAAGCUGGUAAGCCAAAAUGGUUUGUGGAAUUUUUUGAAGGCAUUUUUCCCAAGAAAAUGAGAAGGUCAAUAAAGAGAAGUCGGAGACGACGGACUUAA